AUGAACUGGACUGGAGGCAAGCUACGACGAAACUCGAAGAGCAAAGGCAAUGCGGUGGUUGAACGUCAGAAAUCACACUUUGCCAGAGCCCGCAACAAAGCGCACAAAAAGGCUACCUCUUCGACCAAAGGCUGGAACGACACUUCCCCCACCCGGCCUGCAUCUCCUCCGCCACUCAAGAAAGCUCGAACACAGCACAAAAACUCUGCAAGAGUACAACAAUGGUCUAUAUCUGGUCAGAAAGAUGGGCACCGCCUUGUAGGAGAUUUUGUGCUGCCACCAAGGGACAGCGAAGUCCACGUGAGGGUGGGCAAACGAGCCUUUGCCAGUCAGCUCGACACGACUGUGGCUAGUCCUUCGACCAGGGUUCGAUCGCACUCGGUACCUCACUCGGAUUACUCCUCCAACUCAAUGCUCCUCGACGAUUUCGACCAGCAAGGCUCAAGAACCAAAGUCUCCGAUAGUGGCGGAUCUCAUCAUUCGGAUCAAGGCAACAGCUUAACAUCAUCACGCUUUCCAGAACGAACACGGUUCGCAUUGAGCGACUCGUCAGAGGACAUCCUGCAGAGCCAGGAUGAUACCCGGCAUCCCUCAGACUUUGCGGCACGUGCAACCUCAGUUGUUCAUGCUAUCACAGGUUCUGAAAAUACUUCGAACAACACAUCAACCGAGGUAAUGCAGAGUAGUCCGGAUACGGCUGAGAAAUUAGGAGUCUCACCGGUCAAAUUGCGACAUGAGCAUCCGGACAUCUCUGGAGCUUACGCUCUAGGUUGUGCUACAAGUUACAGUCACGAGGACCUUGAAGAUAAAGAUGAUGCUUGGCUGAGAUUCAUCCAAGAGGAGAAA